AGAUUAUGGGUUGAGGGGGGAGGCGGUGGUGGGGGGGACUUCAAGCGCCUCCCCUAGAAAUGCAGCAAAUCUCUCCCCGUUUCCUCCCGGUUGGGGCACUGGGAGGCUUGGAGACGUGCUUUGCAUUGGCAGGCAGACCAGGACACGUGUCUCCUCCCCGCCUAACCCCCCCGGGCUCCACGGUACCGCAUUGGCAUCAGUAAAGGCACCUGGACACCAACAAGAAACUCCAGGGAAAGCUGCGUGCCUUCUUACAACCAUAAAAUAAUUAUUUCAGACAAAGAACCUGUGGAUCACCCUCCAUUUUUGUCUCUUUUUUUAUUUUUUUGGGUCGUGCCGUGCGUAAAGCUUUUACGCACAGCGCCGAUCCGCCGGCGGAAAAAAAAGCAGGAAAAAAAAAGGUGCGCUACGUCCAGCAUCAGAGCGCAGUGCCAAGAUGCAGAAACGGAGCGGCGACGUCUGAAGGUGACAUGAACCUGGGGAGAAUCAGGAGCAUCAGCCGCGCACAGAACAAGAAGUGGAGAUAGCAACUGAAAAAAAAAUUGUCGGCGUCUUCAUCCAAAACUUUGCGCUAUCUUCCCGCCUCCCCUGCUGUGGCUUUUAUCUCAUGCAGAGAGCCAGGACCUGCGAUCCGAAAUCGCCUCGUUUUAACCGGGUUUAGAAGACAGAGCUCUUAAUUCAAUCAGCAGUUUGGAAUCGACAAGAGGAGCAAAAAAAUGGCGACGUUAAUCAAAGGCAAGCUCUCUAAUAAACUGUCCAACGCAGCCACGGCUGUGUCCAACAAAUCCCAGGCUAAGGUGAGCGGGAUGUUCGCCAGGAUGGGCUUUCAGGCCGCCACCGACGAGGAGGCGUUGGGUUUCGCCUCCUGCGACGACCUGGAUUACGACCACCGACAGGGCAUGCAGAUGGACAUUCUGACAUCCGACGAGAUCGGCGGAGGAGAGGGGAGCGGCGGAGACGGCGACGCGCUGGAGGGGGACAGCCAUUAUCAGAGGGACGGUACCGGUCCACCGCCCUCCGCCUCAAAGGACGGGGGUUCGACCAACGAGUUGUCUGAAGUGAGACCAAAAAUCACCGCGUGGGAGGCGGGCUGGAACGUCACGAACGCAAUCCAGGGGAUGUUUGUUCUGGGUUUGCCCUACGCCAUCCUGCACGGAGGAUAUCUCGGACUCUUUCUCAUCAUUUUCGCGGCCGUGGUGUGCUGCUACACGGGCAAAAUCCUCAUCGCCUGCCUGUACGAGGAGGACGAGGACGGGCAGCUCGUCCGCGUCAGGGACUCCUAUGUGGACAUUGCGAACGCCUGCUGCGCGCCCAGGUUCCCGGCUUUGGGCGGCCACGUCGUGAAUGUAGCCCAGAUCAUAGAGCUGGUGAUGACGUGCAUCCUGUACGUGGUGGUGAGCGGGAACCUGAUGUACAACAGCUUCCCCAACAUGCCCAUCUCGCAGAAGUCGUGGGCCAUCAUCGCCACCGCCGCCCUGCUGCCCUGCGCCUUCCUCAAGAACCUGAAAGCCGUCUCCAAGUUCAGCCUGCUGUGCACGCUGGCGCACUUCGUCAUCAACGUCCUGGUGAUCGCGUACUGCCUCUCCAGGGCGCGAGACUGGGCCUGGGACAAGGUCAAGUUCUACAUCGAUGUCAAGAAGUUCCCCAUCUCCAUUGGGAUUAUCGUGUUCAGCUACACCUCGCAGAUCUUCCUGCCGUCCCUGGAGGGGAACAUGCAGAAGCCGAGCGAGUUCCACUGCAUGAUGAAAUGGACUCACAUCGCUGCCUGCAUCCUCAAGGGCCUGUUCGCCCUGGUGGCCUACCUGACGUGGGCUGACGAAACCAAGGAGGUCAUCACGGACAACCUGCCCCCAACGAUCCGAGCCGUCGUCAACAUCUUCCUGGUGGCCAAAGCCUUGCUGUCCUACCCGCUGCCGUUUUUCGCUGCCGUCGAGGUGCUGGAGAAAACCUUUUUCCAGGACGGGGGGCGCGCGUUCUUCCCGGACUGCUAUGGGGGCGACGGGCGCCUUAAAUCCUGGGGACUGACCCUCCGCUGUAGCCUUGUUGUGUUCACCUUGCUCAUGGCGAUCUACGUGCCGCACUUCGCCCUGCUCAUGGGCCUCACCGGCAGCCUGACGGGCGCCGGCCUCUGCUUUCUGCUUCCCAGCAUCUUCCACCUCAAGCUUCUAUGGAGAAAGCUGCAGUGGCACCAGGUUUUCUUCGACGUCUCCAUCUUUGUAAUAGGAGGUAUAUGCAGCAUAUCCGGUUUUAUCCACUCACUGGAGGGGCUCAUAGAGGCUUUUAAAUACAACAUAGAAGAGUAGAUGCGAGAGCCAUCGCUGGAGCUAGAUGUUUAACUGCAAAUCUCCAUUUAGUGAAGAAAAAAAAUAAAAAACAACAACACAAAACAUACGAUUCCUCCCCACCCUUUCUGCUUAAUCCAUGCGUAAAAGCGCACAGAAUGGACAUUUACGCACUCACGCACCACUUGCAUCGUCUCACACACACGCGCGAAUAAAACGGAUGGCAGUGAGGGAAUCUCUCCACAAAGCACUGCAGAUGUUACUUGUAUAUUUACCAACAAAAUAAACAGUUUCUAGUGGAGUUUCCAGUAUGAACAAAAUUGCAAAAUGUAGAGGGUUAUUAUUAUUAUUAUUUUUGCCUUUUCGUCGCUCUUGUGGUGCUUCCCCUCACGAAGCUUCAUGGAAUGCACGAGUUUGUGAUUUAAGAUGAUAAAACGUUUUAUUUGAAAGUGGGAAAUGUCACUUUUGUGUGUGUCUGUGUGGUGUUAAAACCAUGGAGGGAGCCCACAGAGAAACUAAAUACUUAUUAAAUGGCAAUAAUAACCAGAAAGAAAAAUAUAGACUAAUAAAAAUGUAUAAGUUUGAAGAAUUCUACCCAAUUUAAUUACUUGCAAUGCAAAAUAUGAGUUUGAAACAGCAGCUACAAACUAUGCAUUGAAUGUAUGAUAUUUCUGACACACUGGGAAAUAAAAAAAAACUCUCUAAAGUUAGUUUCUUUUGAUGGUUUCAGGCCUCUCCUGCCCCCCCCCCCCCCCCAACACACUUUCUCUCAUUGAUGUUACUGAGCUUUUCAUUAGGCAAUAACAAACAUCACCUCCCGCCCAGAGACCCUCACCACAGCCCAAUAUCUGCCCUAAUGGGGGCUCAGACAUGAAAAUCUGCACACUGAAUUUCAUGAAAAUGCAUUUAGAUCCACGUGGCCUGUUUCUGAGAUUACAUUUAAAGACUCCUGUCUUGCAAAAUCCGAUGUCUGAAAAUAAAAAAGUGAGAUUAUCAAAGAGGAAAAUGCGCAUACAGACAUUUUUCAUUCUGUGCAAUCCAAUGGGUCCUGUGGAAAUGUUAUAAAACCGUAUGUGUAGUGUGUUGUUGUGGUUUCAAAAAGAUGGAAUGUAUAUCUCAAAGUGGUGAUCAUAUAUUGUGAAAUAAAUAUUGACGAAUAAAGAAACAAGUGAAAUUAUAUUGUAAAAAA